AUGGAGAUCUUUGAUUUUAGCAAACCAAACACCACCAAGAAGGUCAGAGCCGGUAUAUACAUAUGCCUAUGGUCAUAGCAAAGAAGGUUCUUGAACAGGAACCUGGAGUCAAUAAAUAAUAAUAGAAUAAAGAAUUUUACGAUUAGGCAUUAGAGAGAAUAAUACAACUAUUGAAGAAAAAUACUAUUCCCUUAGCCACACCAACCAGAAGACUACUUCAAAGACCAUAGAUUUAUAAAUUUGGACCAAAAAGAAUUUAAUGGAAGAAUUUUGAAGCCUUUUGUAAUUAAAUCAAUAGAGAAGCUUAACAUGUCAGUCAAUACUUUUUCAAUUUAUUGGGCACUGAAGGGUAUUCUAUCAAAAAAAUAAAUUAGAUAAAUAGCAGAUGAAUCAUUGAUUAUCAGAGGAAGGUAAACAAGUACUUAAAUUGAGGCAUCGAUAAAGAAAUAUUUGAGUAAUCAUUAAAAAAUAAACCGAUUUAGAUGUAUACGUCAUAUGCUCAAUGUGUAGAAGUUUAGAUACUUCUCUAAUAAGAGAUGUCGAGUUGAGAAUCUACAUAUAAGAAUGUAAAGCUUGUAUGGCCACUAAAACUGUGCCAACCCUAGAGAUUUCAGAUAAGAAAUAGAGUUGA